AUGGAAAUUAAGACCAAUGUCACAGAAUUCAUUUUUAUUGGACUAUGGGAAAAUAAGCAAACUGAGCUACUUUUCUUUUUCUUCUUUCUGCUCUGCUGCUUGGCUAUCUUAAUGGGAAAUUGCAUCAUCCUAGUCACAAUCACUUGCAGCCAUCUGUUCCAACAGCCAAUGUAUUACUUUCUCUGCCACCUUUCCCUCAUGGACCUCAGCUACACCUCAACUGUGAUCCCCAGACUACUUCGAGACUUAGUUGCAGCAAGAAAGAACAUUUCCUAUAAUAGUUGCAUGGCCCAGCUCUUCACUGCACAUUUGCUGGCAGGAGUAGAAAUUUUUAUUUUAGUAUCCAUGGCUUUGGAUAGAUAUGUUGCUAUUGUCAAACCCCUACAUUACAUGAUGAUCAUGAACAGAGAGAGGUGUAAGAUGUUGAUUUGUACAGCCUGGGGCUUGGGACUUUGGCACUCAAUUGCUCUACUGAUGGUGUUAAUCAAUUUACCUUUCUGUGGUCCUAAUCAGGUAGAUCACUACUUUUGUGAUGUGAAGCCUCUUCUAAAACUUGUGUGCAAAGAUAUUCAUGUUGUUAAUAUCUUAAUGAUUGCAAAUUCAGGAAUAGUACUGAUUAUUGUUUUUCUUGUCCUGUUUGCUUCUUACAUAGUCAUACUGUAUAAUCUUAGGAACCACUCCUCAGUAGGGCGUCGCAAAGCUCUCUCUACCUGCAGUUCGCACAUAAUGGUUGUCCUUCUAUUCUUUGGACCGUGUAUCUAUGUUUAUCUUCUACCUCCCAAGUAUGAGAACAAGGAUAAGGAAAUUUCAGUGUUUUACACAGUGCUUUCACCUAUGCUGAAUCCUCUCAUCUACACCUUGAGAAAUGUGGAGAUGAAACUUGCUAUUCAGAAGGUAUGGUCUAAAGUAACACAUUCAAAAUUACAAUAA